AUGUCCCUACCCGUCGUUUUCGUUGGCAUCACCAUUGGAGGCGUAAACGCGGGCAGGAUCACCGUGGACCUUCAAGCGGAUUCCGUGACAAAGACUGCCAAGAAUUUCCGGGCCCCGUACACUGGAGAGAAGGGGUUUUACUUUAACAUUUCCACUUUUCACUGCAUCAUUCCAAAACUCAUGCCAAGGCAGCGACUUCACCAAUGGACAGGAGGCAGGUCCGUCUACAGCAAGACCUUCAAUGACGAGAGCUUCCAGCUCAAGCACAAAGGCAUUGGAAAACUUUCCAUAGCCAGUGCUGGAUCCAUCACCAAUGGCUCGCAGUUUCUCCUCUGCACUGAUAAAACCGACUGGUUUAACGGGAAACACGUAGUGUUUGGCAAAGGUUUGAAGAGGACGGCGGUGCUGAAGAGCAUGGUAAAGCAAGGUUCCUCCAGUGGGGAAAACCAAAGCCAAAGUGGUCAUUUCUGA